GAGCGUUUCACUUUGCGCAUGCUCCCUUCCCACCCUUCCUGCAGUUGCUGUAGUAACAAAGAAUCUCUUCUUCCGCGUUUUUGUUUAAAAACACUGUGCGCGGCGAUGACGCAAAAUCACGUCGCCGCGCGACGGGCAAGAUGGGAAGUGUGGUGGAAGCCCGGCGAUAGGAGGCUGAGCCAAUAGGGAAGCAGGAGCCUCAGGGCUCCGUAGGUGUGCGCUUCCCCUCCGUGCCCCCUCGCCGUUGGGGUGGCCCCGUGCGCGAGAAUUAUGGAUCCCAGCUUGCUAAGAGAACGAGAACUUUUCAAGAAACGAGCACUCUCCACUCCUGCUGUAGAAAAGCGCCCAGCACCAUCUUCUGAUUCCUCCUCUUCUAAAAAGAAGAAAUCCAAGGUCGAACAGGGGGGGUCAUCAGGCUCAAAGCAAAAUGCAGAUCACAGCAACGGAUCUUUUAACUUGAAGGCCCUUUCUGGAGGCUCUGGAUACAAGUUUGGAGUCCUUGCAAAGAUAGUGAAUUACAUGAAGACACGCCAUCAGCGUGGGGACACGCACCCGUUAACUCUAGAAGAGAUAUUGGAUGAAACACAACAUUUAGACAUUGGACUGAAGCAGAAGCAAUGGCUGAUGAGCGAGGCACUUGUCAGCAAUCCCAAAAUAGACGUUAUAGACGGGAAAUACGCUUUCAAGCCUAAGUACAAUUUGAAAGAUAAGAAGGCCCUGCUCAGGCUUUUAGAUAAGCAUGACCAGCGAGGGCUGGGAGGAAUACUCUUAGAAGAUAUCGAGGAAGGAUUGCCUAAUGCACAGAAAGCCAUCAAGGCUUUGGGGGACCAGAUUAUCUUUGUUACGCGUCCUGAUAAAAAGAAAAUUCUUUUCUACAAUGACAAGAGCUGUCAGUUUACAGUGGACGAAGAGUUCCAGAAACUUUGGAGAAGUGUUGCUGUGGAUUCCAUGGAUGAAGAGAAGAUAGAAGAGUACCUGAAACGCCAGGGUAUUUCUUCCAUGCAAGAGGCGGGACCAAAGAAAAUAGCUCCUAUUCAGAGGAGAAAGAAACCCGCUUCUCAGAAGAAACGGCGAUUCAAGACCCACAACGACCAUUUGGCUGGAGUACUGAAGGAUUACUCCGAUGUGGUUCCUACCAAAUAAGAGAGCCCUGUGGAAUGAACUGUGAGCUUUAAUGCAGAUGCUAGUAGCUCUUACGGAAGCGUGUCCUGUGUAUAACGUGAUGUGGUUCUCCCUGCUCCAGGUUCCUCCAUGAAGAAGCGCCUCUUGAAAGCAAGGAUCAACUGUUCACCUCUGUGCUUAUUUUACCGGCUAAUGUCUGCUUUCAGUAGACUUUUGGUACUUGGGGAUAAUUCAUACGUAAUGCCAAGAUUUUUGUUCAGCUUUUAAGUAUUCUUUCAACUGGGGUAUUUCCAGGGGUAUUUUCUUCUAUUCUUUUGGAGUUGGCUUGCAGAUAAAACUUUAUUCUUGUUUUAUCCACGUCAAGACAACAGGUUUAUAAUAAAAUCGUAUUGGAAAGCA